AGGUGUCAUUACAAGGCUUUUUGAUGUGAUAAUUUUGCUAAUCCAUUAAGAAUUAAAAGCUUUAGUGAUAGAAUUCACUUGCACUGAAACCAAUCACAAUUGAUAACUGUAUUGUUUAGAUUGACACCCCCUUGGUUACUGGCAGUAAUAUAAUUUGCCAAAAAAUGUCCGACAACAUCAAAGUUUUCGUGCGUGUGAGGCCGCCUCUAGCGCGAGAGGAGGGGGAGACCCUGCACUGGAAGGUGACAGGUUCCAACAGCCUCAUGCAAGUGACGGCUCAUGAUAAAAAUGCUGCUACCUUCUCUUUUGAUAAAGUGUUCGACCAGACUGCUGAUAAUGAAAAAAUAUUCUCCGAAGUGAUGCAGCCGAUAGUUGAAGGGGCUCUGAAUGGCAUCAACGGAACGGUGUUUGCCUAUGGGCAGACAUCAUCAGGCAAGACCCAUACAAUGCUGGGCAGUGCAGAGAGUCCUGGCAUCAUUCCCCUGACCAUCCAGAGCAUCUUUGGUGGCAUUGAAGAUACACCACACCGCCAAUAUCUCAUCAGAGCCUCGUAUAUGGAAAUAUACAAUGAGCAAAUCGCAGACCUGUUGGUGGGUCGCUCCAACAUUCCAGGCAACAAGGGGCUCGUGGUGCGGGAAGACACGUCAGGCAACAUCCAUGUUCCUGACCUCAGGGAGGAGUGUGUCAAUAACCAAGACAAGCUGCUGUCCAUGAUGCAUCGUGGCGACCGCAACAGACAAGUGGGAUGCACAAACAUGAACGAACGCAGCUCGCGCUCACACACAAUAUUCAGGAUUAUAGUCGAGUCGCAGACAGCUAUUGAUGGAGACAACAGCCUGGAGACGGGACUGUCAGAGGAUGACGUGGCGGUGACAGUCUCACACCUGAACCUCGUAGACCUUGCGGGGUCAGAAAAUGCAUCGCAGACCGGCACCUCUGGCGACCGGCUCAAGGAGGGCGGGUUCAUCAAUAAGAGUCUCUCAACGCUGGGCCGCGUCAUCUCCCAGCUCAGUGAUGGAGAAUCCUUCAUCAACUAUCGAGACUCCAAGCUGACACGCAUAUUGCAGUGCUCCUUGGGCGGGAACGCUCGCACUGCCAUCAUAUGCACCGUCACCCCAGCGUCUGUAGGGCAGACUCAGUCAACACUGAGGUUCGCAUCCCGGGCCAAAAACAUCAAGAAUAAGCCCAUCGUGAACGAGGUGCUAAGCGAGGCGGCGCUACUGAAGCGCUACAGCAAAGAGAUCAAGGAGCUGCAGCAGGCGCUCGAGCGUGAGCGUCUCUCUAAUAAAGCAGACGAGGUCCUACAGGUUAAGGAGAAGUUGGAUGCGGUCGAGCUCAUGAAUGAGGACCUGAAGACCAAAGUGCGGAAGCUGAAUGAGAAACUCGUCACGUCCAGUGUGUGUAGGACGCCUGGGCGGAAGAAGGAUCUGAAGAAGUCGCGUCGGCAGACAUGGGCAGCGCCAGCUGUGAAGGGCCGCGCGACGAUGUGUCCUCUGGACCUGGCCUCCAUCAACGCUGAGUUCUCGCACCCCUUCAACGGGCCUCCCGCUCCGUCCUCUGCCUCUGCUGACAUGAGCUUCUGCAGAUGGACGUUACCCCAGAUCUCGGAAGCAGAGUCUCCAACCGAUUGCUCUUUUUCAACGGUUCCUGACGAAUUUACUGACAUGAGCACGAGCAUCUUGAAGCGGCUGGACCAAAGCCAGCUGGACAAGCUGGACCAGUCGUUGAGCGACGGAUGCAUGCGUCCUCCGCCUCCUCCAGCUCGUCACAGGACCAGGGUCUCCUUCGCCAGCACCGCGAUGCCCAUCCCUGAGGAAGCUGCAGACGACCUUCCGUCCGUCACCGUCAGGAGGAAGCGGGGGGCUAGAGCCCCGUCCCCACCUUGUAAGGUCUUCUCUGAUGCCGAGGCUCAAACAGACACCUCGCUCCUGCCCAAGAUCAACCUGCUCGCGUCGCCCUGCACACCGCGACGGAUGUCUCCUCAGAGAGACACCCUGCCACCGUCCCACGGCCUGCCCUGCUCCCCUGCAGCAGAAACGCCCAGGAAAGAGCUGCGUCAGCGCAUUGAAGACCUCAGAGAAAAGCUCCAGAGGAAGGACUGCUGCGUGCAGGAGCUCACCAAUGAGCUCAAGGAAUUGCAGGAACUGAACGAGUUCUUGUCGGAAGAUUUUGAGCACCGGGAGCACAGUUUGCUGUCCAAACUUGACUACAGCACCGACGAGCAGCAGUUCGCGUAUCUGAAGAGCCAGAUCUCAAGCCUGACGCGCUCGCAGCAGGACCUUGAAGUGUUGCUGCUGGACGCUAACAAGAAGCUGGUUGAUCAGACGCAUCAGCUCGCCAUGUCAGCCCUCGCCAUGGAUGAGCUCAAACAAGAGAACAUGACGCUGAGAGCUGACGCUCAACAGCUGCCCCAACUGAAGGAACGUUGUUCGCAGCUCACUGAAGACAAUAACAAACUUCAGAAGGAGCUGAAAGCACAACGAGACAGCGUGGGGUCCCUGGAGAAGGACCGACUUGACUUCGACAUGAUGCUGGAACUCAAGCUCGAGCAGCAGCGGCACACGGAGCAACACCUCAGGCAGAGCCUCCAGCAAGCCUGGGACGACCUCGCGCGUCUCGAGGGCAGCGAUGCAGCUGCCGUGCAGGCGCGUCUGCAGCACAUGGCUGCUCUGGAGCUGCAGCUGCAGGAACUGGAGCCUCUGAAGCUGCAGCUGCAGGAACGUCUGCAGCACACAGCUGCUCUGGAGCUGCAGCUGCAAUGUGCGAAGCAAGCCUGGGACGACCUAGCGCGUCUCGAAGGCAGCGAUGCAGCUGCUGUACAGGCGCGUCUGCAGCACACAGCUGCUCUGGAGCUGCAGCUGCAGGAACUGGAGCCUCUGAAGCUACAGCUGCAGGAGAGGGAGACUUCAAAUCUCGCGCAGCAGCAGAAAAUUGCCGAGAUGCAAGCAGAGCUUCUGCAAAAGCAAAAGCGAGUGGAGGAGACAGAAGCUUCUUCAGAGGCUCUCGAGGCUGCCAUGGCCUCGCUACGUGAGGAACUUGAGCCUCUGAAGCUGCAAGUGCUGGAACUUGAGCCUCUGAAGCUGCAAGUGCUGGAACUUGAGCCUCUAAAGUGUCAACUGCAGGAGCGUGAAACAUUGAAUCUUGCGCUGCAAGAGAAAAUUGAGGAGAUGCAAGCUGAGCUGCAACAAAAGCAGAACCAAGUGGAGGAGGCUGAAGCGUCUUCAGAGGCUCUCGAGGCUGCCCUGGCCUCGCUGCGUGAAGAGCUCGAGCCUCUGAAGCUGCAAGUGCUGGAACUUGAACCUCUGAAGUUGCAAGUGCUGGAACUUGAACCGCUGAAGUUGCAAGUGCUGGAACUUGAGCCUCUGAAGUUGCAGCUGCAAGAACUUGAGCCUCUGAAGCUGCAACUGCUGGAACUUGAGCCUCUGAAGCUGCAGCUGAAGGAACAUGAAGCUUUGAAUCUUGCGCUGCAAGAGAAAAUUAAGGAGGUGGAAGCUGAGCUUCUACAUGAGCAAAAACGAGUGGAGGAGACAGAAGCGUCGUCAGCGGCUCCUGAAGCUGCCCUGGCUGACAGAGAUCUGCAUCCCUCGCAGCUGGAGUGCAGGGAAGCUACAGCCGCGCCUGUAGAAUCGCCGGAUAGCGAAGUGGACGCCAAGGUUGAAGCUCUCCAGACGCGCUGUGCUGAUCUCGAACGAACUCUUGAGCUUCAGUUAGUAAAGGAAGCAGCAGCGGCUGAUCAGCUAGCAGCUUUGUCUGAGUUGCGUGCCGCACUGGAAGCUAAAAAUGACAGCGAGGUGAGAUUGCUGGCUCAAAUUGCUGAGCUGAAGUUGCGUGCUGAAGAAUGUCGGCAGGCUGCACAAGAAGCGUGUGAGAAUCGCGAACUGAUGCUCCAAGAAUUGCAACUGAUGAAGGAUAAUCCAUUGAGUUACGGCCUGCCUGCUGGGACUCAGGAAGAACAAAAUCCUGAAAUGAAAUCAAACGAGAAGGUAUCUGAAGCAGAAACAUCCAGUGUGUUGGUGGCGAAUCUUGUAAACGAGCGCCCUGAGAAUGUGCCUUCUGUUGACAUUAUUGUUGCAUGCGGUGCUAAUUCUGCUGCUAAUAUUUCUGAGACAAUUGAGAAGCUUGAAGAACACGGUUCUGAGGGAAGCUCAUCUAUUCUAUGUGAGGAAGCUGGUGAGUUGCCAUCCGCACAACCUGCGGUGAGCAAACUCGGGGCCAAAUUUGACGCAAGCGAUGACCUGCCAGAAGAAAAUGCCAAUAAAUCGCAAGAAAUUAUGCCUGAUGUGUCGAAAUGUUCAGUACUUGAGGAUGAUGCUUCUAAAAUACCCAUGAUUGACCAAGAAACCCUCGUACAUGUCGAAGAUAAGGAGGGAAAUGAAGCAGGGCCAUUGAAUGUUGAAGCAAACGAUGAAAAUAGCGACCUAAUGAAGGGCGAUCUUCAUACCUCCAAAACUGAGGCGAGAAACGAAAGAGUGAAUGAUGAAUUAUUUACAGUUGAUAUUCAGAAUCAAUUGGAAGAUUUAGAAAGGAAUAAGAAUGCAUUAAUCGCCAAGACUCAAGAAAUCUUUGCACUGCAACAGAAGCUGAGUCAGCAUGAAGACGAGUUGCGUCAUGAACAAGCAGCGUUCGAUGAGCAGAAGAAAGAACUCGAGGACCAACUUGAAAGAUUCAGAGUUCUGAAGCACGAAUUUGAACUGGAGAAAGAGAGCAUGGAGAAACUUCGACAAGAAUGUAUUGACCAGAAGACCAGUUUUGAACUCUGCAGUCAAGAAUUGAAACAUAUACAGGAAAGUUUGGAAUCUGUUCGGCUGGAAUUCAGUCAAAAAGAGCGGGAGACACUAUUACUAUCUCAGGAUCUUGAAGAGCUCAAAGAUCAAAGGGAGCAAUUGCUACAGGAACUUGAGGAUCUUUCUGAUAAGCAACGCAUCCUGAGCUCCUCCAGUAAGAGAAGCUUCCGCCUCAUGAGGAGAGUGUCGUCCGCCCCAUCUAGUAAGAAUGAGGUGAGACCGCCGGAGGUGGUGCCGGAGGAGCUGACCAUUGAUCAGCUGGACGGCAUCAGGGAGCAGCUGCUGGCGCUGCAGGACGCCCUGCUGGCCGCCUCCUGCCCUGACGCCGGCGCUGCAGAGUCUGCCGCCCUGCUGCCUUAUUGCUUGAUCUGUGUUGAGGCUGAAGUAGAGUCGCGCACGUGGCAGCUCCUCGAGGACUUCAGGGCUGAUUAUCUCGCCCAUGCUUCAUUAUGUGCGUGCCUGCAACAAGCGGCAGUAUCCAAGAAUGAGCCUGUGAUGGAGUCUUCUGCUACAGUGGACGGAAGAACUGUUGAGAGUUUAUCUCGUACUGAAGUUCCAGUUUCUGUAAAUGCAUUUGACGAUGUUCAAGAUGACGAUCUUGUUACAGUAGUUAAAAGUUUCCCCUCUGAGGUCAGUCGUGCUGUACAUUCAUCCGUAGAGUCUCAAGAACUUGAUGGGCGUGAUUUAGAUAUUUCCAGCCCCUGUAAUGUAGAACACGAGGCACAAGCUGUACAUGAAGUGACAAGCGUGGAAGACAAGACCAUUGCCGGACAUGAUUCUGAUGUCUUGGACUACAGUGACUGUGAUAUGACGAUGGGAAUAACCUUCCACCAACAUGCUUCUUUGAUGGGAGCAGCCUCUGCUGAUGGCGCGCUUUCUUUAGAAGAGGAAAUGCGUAUGGCGUCUGCUGUAAACUGCACUACAAGUUUGAAUGAGACUUGUACUCCUUCCUUGCCUGAUGAAGAAUGUGAUGCUUCACCUCACAUGUCGAGAUCUCGACGAUUCCAUGAAUAUUCUGUCUUGGAUACAAUUGAGGAAACUGUCGAAACUACCAACUCAGCAUUGCCCGUCCUAGAUUCUCCUAAAGAACUAGGAGCUCCUCGCCAGGCAGUUGCUGGAAGUGAUGGAACCAUUGAGAAUAUGGGCUCGGCUAGAGUCACCAUCGACCCAGAAGUUCACGCCGAGCUUCUUCGGCAGAAAGAUAAUUUGACUCGUCGCGUUGCCGAUCUUCUCGCUGAUCUCGAUGACGUGACCUGCAGUCUUGACCAGAAAAUGGAUACUAUUGGAGAAAAAGAACAGCUCCUGAAACAACAGAGGCAGCGUAUCGAGCUUCUUGAGAAACAACUUGAGGACUUGAACCUGCAAACUAAAACUGCUUCCGAUACAAAACUUCAGUUAAACGCAGAAAUGCACGAAGACGUCAAAGAGCAGCGUAGUGAUUCAGAUGAAGAUACAGCGGUUAAACCUUCCACCUUACAUGACACUGUAAAAUGUACAGUGCAAGUGGAUGGUCCUACGAUUGAUGACCUGAAGCAAAAACUUGCUGAGGCCAACCUCGAGGUGGAAGAAAUGCAUUGCCUCAGGUGGCGCGUCGCCGACCUGGAGGAACAGAGAGAUGGCCUUAUUGCUGAAAUCGACGUGCUAAGAAAUGCUCUUAGUAACCUCAAGAAAGAAGAGGUUCAUAUUGAUGCCGGGAUUCCCCCCGGGUCUGGGACUGAUUCCAAAUUAGAUUUUGAGGCCACUAGAGAGACCUUCGAAACAUCUAUAGUGCAAACGUCCAAAAGCAUCACUUCAAUUACUCCGGUCAAAAAUGUCGACACGUCAGUUGAUCGCGAAGUCACUGAAUUUAAGACAGAACCUGCGGCUACCGUGGUUAUGGUUGAGAAUGCCGAUGACAAAUAUUUGACAAAUAACUUGCCCAUCGGUGACUCAUUGAAAGAUUCAAUGAAAGACGAGUUGAUUGUGAACGUCAAUGAGAGUUUAUCCAAACAGGAAAUUUCUACUGAUCCAUGCGAAACCAUUGUGUCCGAAAUCCAUUUGGAAAAGGGCGAGAUUGAAAUGGCCUCUCCAAAGCCGCUGCCGAGCUCACCUGGCACUAUUAAUCUCACUCCAUGUGUGAAGAUGAGUUCCGACUUAAUGACGAGUGAUAAUCUCGAGCCGGAGUGCACCGUUCGCCCCUGCCAAGACUGCGAGCGCCUGAAGUCGGAAAUAUCUUGCCUUCAAAGAGACUUGGAUGAUAAAAAUUCAGAGCUAUCUCGUGUAUCGACUCUGCAUGAAGAUGCCAUGAAAAAAUUAGAAGAACUACAGAACAGAGUUUCAAGUUUAUCUGCAAACGAUACCAAGAUGGAAAACGAGAUGACGAAUUUUACUAAACGCUGUGAUGCACUUCAGUCUGAGUGUGCAGACAAGAGCUCGACAAUAGAGAAUCAGAAAUUAAUUAUUGCCGAACUUACAGAUAAAGUAGAAGUAAUGGUUCAAGAACAUAGCAACAUAGUCAAGGAGUUGGAACAGAAUUUGAAAACGGAAAAAAUUAAGUUUGAAGAAGUAAAAGAAGAGCUUUUCCAGAAGAAAGCUCUCGCGUUGGAGCUUGAAGCGUCAAAAUGUUCAACUGAAGAGCAUUUGUUGGCUGAGCUUUCUGUCAAGAACGAAAAUUUACAAAGCCUUUCCAGUCAGCUGGCGGCUGUGAAGAAGGACCUGGCAGAUUGUCGGACGGCCCAUGCAGCUCUCGUUUCCCUCUGUGCAAGUUGUUCACAAAAAUUAACUCUAGCGUCUGCCGUAGACUCUGAAAUGCCCUUGCCAGACCUCCGUCUCCUGGACGCAGCCGACUCAUCAGAAGUCUUCAGAAUGGAAGAUGCCAUCGAGUAUGUCGUUAAAAAAUUCCUCUCCACUCACGAAGAAUCUCGCAGAAAAAGCACUGAUGUGGAAAAUUUGCGUCAAAUUAUCGAUCGGAAAAAUGAAGACAUGAAGGCUCUUCGCAACGAACAUCAGGAAGAGCUUAGUAAAGUGCUUGCCUUGGUCCAGCGCAAGGAAGAGGAGAAAGAAGACGCGCUGCGGGAGAAGGAACGCUUGGGUGAAGAGAUCGAGGUGCAACUCAGACAUCAGCUCGACUCUAAAAUAAAGCAAUUGAAGCAGCUCGAAGAAUCUGCUUCUGAAUUAGAGCAAGAGAUCAAACUGAAAGAAAAUCACGUAGAAAACCUUUCCCUUCAGCUUAUGGAUGAAGAGAAAAAAGUGUCAGAGCUCAAUGAAGAAUUGGCUAGCUUGAGGAAAAGCAUGCUUGAGCUAAGCCAGGACAAUGAUAAACGUAAGAGAAACAUAGCUGAACUCACGGAUGAGGUAUCUCGGCUGCGCGAUUGUUCUGCUCUUCUCUCUGAAGUUCAGAGUAAUUAUGAAGAUGCUCUGGCUCUAAUUGAGGCCCUCAAGGCGGAAGCCUCAGCGAGGCAAGAUGCCCAAGACGCUCAUAAUGAUGAAUUAAAGCGGGAAAAGGAAAAGUCAUCGUAUUUGCAGGAGCGCUUGAACUUAGCAUCAAAACUUGAAGCAGAACUAGAGUCCAAGAAUGAAAACUUGACUGAAGACGUAUGCCGUCUUUCUCAAAUAGUCGAGAAACAUGAGCAGGAAAUUUCUGAGAAGGAGCAGAAAUUAUUAUCUUUGCAAGCGGAAAAUUGCGAGUUGUUAUCAAGAAACACAGAAAAGGACGCCAAACUUUGCGCUCUGAUUAAUUCCAAUUCCUCGUAUGAGUGCAAAGUAAUCGAGCAAGAAACGAAGUACCAAAACAUUGUUCGUGAGCUCAGUGCUUGUCAGAAGGUCAUCAGUGAAAAAGAGCAGCAGUUCAAUUCGCUUGUGAAGGUCCAUUCGCUGUGUGAAGAUAAGAUCAGCAGCUUGACUAUCGAGCAAGGCCGUGAAAAACAUCACAGUCAGGAACUGAUUCAUAUGAGGCAAAAGCUCUCUGAGAAGGAACAGCAAUAUCUGGCGCUGUCGCUAGAUUAUGACAAGUAUGCUAAAAGCUACUGUGAGAUGCAGCUUUCGCUGGAAAAGGUCAUUAAGGAAAAAGAAAUAACCAUUGCUGAACUCUCACGCCGAAUAAGAGAAGGUGAUGGACAGAGAGCCUCUUUGCAGUCGUCAGUGCAAGAAUUGGAAGCCAAGUAUUCUAAAUUGGUAACCUCUCUUAGAGUUCCCUCAGAACUAUAUACAUUAUUACCUCAAGAAACGAGAAAAUCCUAUUUGGAAGCCCUCAUCCGCUGUCACCAGAAUGAAAAUGGAUCAUUGGAUUGUAAUCUACAAAUCCAGUCUUAUGAGAAACAGCUUGCUGAUCUCGAGCGACAGGUGGCCGACCUGAAGGAACAACUUCAAGCCAAGGAAGGCAGAUGCAGGAAGCUGAACGAGGAGGCGGAGGACCUCGUGCGGCGUUACAAGAAGGAGGCCGCGGCACUCGAGCUCUCUAAAUCGCAACUCGUGAUGGAAAACAAGUCACUCGGCGAAACUGUGGCGCUGAUGCAACAACAAAUACAACGUCUUCAACGAACCGAUGUAAUCAAGGACUCUUCAAAUAUAAUUUCUGGAACUGCUGCGCAGAACCAAGGUGGACCUGAAAGAAAAAAUGACGUUGCAGAGAGUGAAGAGUUAAAAUCGUACCGGCAGCGACUUGAAGCCAAAGAAAGCGAGUGUCAGGAGCUUGAAGAAGCUGCUCAGUAUUACGAACGCCAGAUCGGAUACUAUAAAGCUGAUGAGAAGACCUUAAAGUCGCAGGUUCAGCAGCUUAGUUCCGAGAACAAAUCAAAGUCUGAGGAGUGCGAGCGUCUCAGUGCUCGGGCUGUGACUCUUGAAGAACAGCUCAGUCUUCUACAGACCGACUGCAGCGAACUGCGGGCCAAUGUGAAGAAACUGGAAGAAGAAGUGGAGGCCCUGAGAGCUGCAAAGGCUCGUCCUACUCCUGACAGCUUGGGGAGCCUGAGCAGCUCGUCUCAGCGGGCAGCCCGCAAGGCGCAGGUGGCGCAGUUCGAGUCGCUGUCCCUCGCCGAGGAGGAGAUCAGCGAGCUUAGGGAGAAGCUCAAGUACGCCGAGAACAAGGCAUCUCGCUACCUCGAGGAGCUCCGGCGGCUGCAGAACGCCACGCCGCUGAACGACACGGUGUGUCAACUGCAGCCUUCUGCCAGCAACAAGAAAGCGUCCGUAGGGACUCCCCCAGUAGACGGGGGCAAGGUCGUGGCACCAGUUAAGAACAGCCCUGACUUCUGCUAUGACGGUGGCAGUCACAUGGUCCUGUCGUCACAGGUCCUGGACCUAAGGCGGGACAUUUACCAGAUGGAUAAAGCCAAGAAAUCGCUCGAGAAAGAAGUCAAGUCUCUAUCUCUGCAACUCGAACACUACAAGACCAAAGCUCAGCAGUGGAAGACUUCCUCACUCAUGCACCAAAAAGCCGUGGCGAAGCUCAAAGACGACGUUGCAAGCCUCAAAAAUACAUCCUCGAAGUACCAGACUGCCAACGAACCUAGGGACGUUCUGAAGGAGUUCAACAACUACAGGGGCGAUGCUCCUCGCAAGGAAGAGUUUCUAACUGAUAACACAAAGGCGGCUGAGAACAUUCCUCCCGAGUUUACGCUCGCGUCUCCAAGAAUGUCGAGCAGCUUGAAGCCCUCUGGCUGUACCGUGUCUGGCCGCUCGGCAGACAAAACUUCUCGCCAGACCUCGCCCUCACAUGAGACACCCAUGACCAUGAGCGCCGCCGUCAUCAAAGGGGUUCCUUUCGUUGACGCCGCCCGACCAAGUGGAGGCUACAGCCAAGCAUUUGCUACAACGCUUCCCAAAGGCCUCGAGUCAGAAUCUAGCCAGCGCCCAGCUUACUCCUCUUCGAGAUUUGGUCCGGGCUCUCUCGGCACCGGUCCAUCCGCAGUUUACAACUCCUCAUCCCGCUUGGCUCCUCUUCCUCUAGGCCGAUCAAGGGACGAGGAAAAGGGCAGUGACAAAUAUUUUUUACCCAAGAAAAGUAUCCACAAUCCUUCGGACGAAGAUUGCAAGACGCAGUAGCUGUUUCUAUAGAAAGUUCACUGCAUAAACAUUCUUCAAGUUUUUAGCAUAGUAUUUAGUCAAUAAAUCGAAUUUCCGAUGGAAAUUUUUUCAGUGCAUUUUUUUUUUUAGAUAAAAUCUGUAGCGUUUAAUUCGUAAUUUUAAAAUUGGACUUGGGCAUCAUUUGGCCAUUACUGUAUGGCUUCUAUCGUCAAAUGGGCUUUUUUAUAUUCCUUCAUAGUGUGACAUAUUAUCUUUUCGUAACGUUUUCUCCUAAUUUCGUCGGAAGUGACUACUUAGCUUAAUUUUAUACACUCACCCAAAGGCCAGGAAUGUUUCUUAUAAAUAAAGGUUUAGUUCUU